GAGGGGUUGUUUUUUGCCAAUGUCCCCAGGAAUUGUAAAUCUGAAAUAUAUAGUCCACCUUUAUCCUUUGAUUGGGAGCAGGACAACAGAACUUUCAACUAGGAGAUGUUCUUCUGACACAGAUGCACAGCUGGUCACGGUGUGCACACAGCUAAGGACUGUCCAGUCCCAUCCAAACUCUGCCCGUUGAAGAUUCCUGAGAGAAGAGGCUUCAUUGAGUCUGUGGUUGAGUACCUCUGGACACAAGGAGCAUGAAGGACCUGAAGCUCCAGGCUGUGAAAGUAGCAGCUUCGUUCACUUUCUCUCCAAUUAUUUUGAUGUUGAUUGUCGGCUUGCUGUGUAUUACGUAUAUUAUAUAUAGGAAAAAGAAAGAUGAACAGAACAGAAGACUUUUAAGCGUUUAUCUUCAGCUGAAACCGGAGCUUGAGCAGCAGAUCAGGAAGCUGCGCGCCCUUGCAGACAGGAUUGACAAUGUGCACAGGGACUGCACCAUCACACAAGUGGUGGCCAAAUCUACCAGUGCUGUGUCCGGAGUCCUGACCAUCCUUGGUCACGCUCUGGCACCUGUAACAGCAGGAGUCAGUCUGGGGCUUUCAGCCACAGGCUUGGGACUGGGGGCGGCAGCAGCAGUGACUAGUGUGUCUACAAGCCUUGUGGAAAAGAUCAGCACAGAGUUAGCAGAAUCUGAAGCCAGCCAGCAGGUGCCAACCAGCCAGGACAAAGGGGAGGUCAUUAAAAAAGUUUUGGAGAAGAACACACCCGAGUUUGCUUCCGUAUUUAAGAGUUCCUUCAAGAAACUGAAAGACAUGAAGACUAACAUUGAUGCCAUCAACCUCGCUAAGUCUCGCCAAGCAAUAGAGAAGGUGUCAUUGGGUAACACUAGACAGGUAGAGAAAUCCUUUAAAGGCACAGCUCUGGCAAUGACCAAAGGAGAGCGGAUCAAGGAUGCAACCACCGCAGGUCUCUACCUUGUGCUGGAUGUGGUCAGCCUUAUACAAGAGUCAAAGCAUUUGCAUGAGGGUGCAAAGACAGAGUCUGCUGCAGAGCUAAGGCAGAAGGCUCAGGACCUGGAGCAGAGGUUGCAGGAGCUCAUCCAGGUCAUUGACAGCCUCACUUAGUGACCUCUUCUUCAGUGCAGCUCAGAGGACUGGGGAUGGGGGAUGCUCUAGACACCCACCUGAUAGACCCUGUCUGUAUCCCCUCUACAUCAACGUCACCAUGGUGGAAGUGCCUCCUAGAAGGGGGAGGCCACAUUAAGAGAAAGGAAGCCAGAACACAGAUGGGACAGGCCUGGGACCUCCCAUAGACUCCACUUCUUAGAUCCAGCAACCUCCCAAUAUCCCACAUGAGGUCCAAGCUCCCAAGCUGCAUAGCACAUCCAAGGCCUGACUAAGCCACAGCAAGGCUGCUCCUCAGUCAUGCCCACAACACUGCUCCUAGUUGAGGCUCACCAUCCUCACUGUCCUCUGAGCUGCCAACUUUCAUACUGCUUUCUGAUUGGUUGCAUAGAAACCUUCUCCUUCUUCCUAGAUCUGCCUAAUUCUCUGUUUGUCCCAGUAUUUCCAAAUCCUGCAAUCAUACUCUGGAAGGACACCAUUUCUGUUUUUAUGGCUUUGGUCAUGUGGAAUGAUGGGUCUUUUGGUGAAAUGCUCAGAGAGUAGAAAGGAAAGGAUGCUGGGAAUGUCAUCUGCACGGUCAUCACAGGUUCUUGUCCUAGUGCCAGCCGUGGGUCCUACAAGGCAGGAGAGGUGACAGGGUAUGGCUGGUCAGUUCUGCUCCCUGUUACCAGAUUCUGGGGAAAUCACAAGGUUUAAUUCCUAUUGACUUUUAAAAUCUGCUGAGAUGCACGUGAAGGGCAACAUUUGUUCCAUAGUAUUUGAUGAAUAAAUUUCUGCACACUCA